GCUUUUUGGCGUUACGAUCUGGCGCGUUGGGCCCGUGUGGCGCCAUCUGUUAUAAAUUGGCCUAUUCUGGAGACGCACUAACCAAUCGAAGUGAACUCAUCCAAAUUACAAAAAAUCUGUGUGUUGCUCAAAUUUGUUGAUGGCGGAUUACGAAAACAAGAAGAUCGAGGGGGAGGUUGGUGAAGAAAUUGAGGCCAAGGAUCGUGGGUUGUUUGAUUUCUUGGGGAAUAAGAAGGAGGAGGAGAAGCCACAGUCGGCUGAGGAGGUGAUUGUGGUGACUGAACAGUUCGAGAAAGUUGAAGUUUCUGGGCCCAAGGUGGAGGAAGAACACGAGAAGAAGCCCACUUUGUUGGAGAAGCUCCACCGAUCAGAUAGCUCCUCCAGCUCUUCUAGUGAUGAGGAGGAAGGAGAAGGAGGGGAGAAGAAGAAGAAGAAGAAGAAGAAGGGGCUGAAGGAGAAGUUGAAGGAGAAGUUGGGAGGAGACGGGGAGGAGAAGAAGGAAGAAGCUAAAGAGCACGAGCACAGACACGACCACGAAGCAGUCGCCGUCCCGGUUGAGAAGGUGGACGAUGCAGCCCACUCGGAGGAGAAGAAAGGGUUCCUAGACAAGAUCAAGGAGAAGCUUCCGGGCCAUAAGAAGUCGGAGGAAGCUGCAUCGGAGGUGCCGCACGCGGCCGAGGCGGCGGCUUGCCAUCCUGAAGAGGAGGGGAAGGAGAAGAAGGGAUUUUUGGAGAAGAUCAAGGAGAAACUCCCCGGAUACCACCCCAAGGAGGAGGAGAAGAAGGAGGCAGCUUCUGAUUAUUGAAAGGAAUUAAUUAAAAGUUGGGUUUAGAUGAUGAUGAUUGUGGCGUGGAUUUUCAAUAGUCUUAUUGCUUUAAUUUGGUUUCUUUUUUGAUGUGUCUUUAGAAUUAUAUAUGUGCUUUUUGACGUGCAUAUAUAUAUAUGGGAUUUGUUGCUUUUAAGGUGGGAUGUGUUUUCAUGUCUUUUUUACAUACAUAGUUUGUUCAUUGUAUUUAGUUGUUCUUGUGCGUGUGAUUAAAGGAAAGAAAAGAAAAAAGGUAUUAAUGAAUUUGUUUUUUUGUUUAAA